AUGGACGAGCGUGAAGACGAUAGUACACGGGAUAAUGCAGGCCUUUCGGCCGCGCAGAAAUUACUUUUAAGAAAGAAGUCGUUAUCUGAAUACAGACUUAAAAUUUCUAAUUUUUGCGCAUGUAUAAUUGAAAAUCCUGAUGAAAACGUGAGUUGCGUCAAAAAAGAAACUCGGCGAAUACGGCGAUUUGAGUCGAUUCUUCUCUUAAACUACGAAAAGUACACCCUGCUCUUGCAAACUAUUCUGAAAGACAAAGGCAGGCGUAAGUUACCCAGAAGUCUGCGACCCUAUGGUGAAACAAAUUGGAACAAGGUCGAGCGCCUAUCGGCUCUGAAAUGUGCCUGUCAGUUGUUUGAGAACAACCCUACAUUCAAUCACUCGGAAGAUUUACUGCAAGCCAUUCUGCCCCACUUGCUGGAUCGACGUGCCAGUGUACCCCGUGUACUGCACUAUCGCAUCAUUCCCGAUGUCGCCUACGUACUCGCGGGCAUACCCAUUAAGGAGGUUGCCGACCCGAAUGGCUCCGACAAGAAGGGUCGUGUGGAGAGAAAAUUGCAGUCUAGGCGGGAGCGGAAGAAAGACAAGGUUUUGGCCAAGUUUGAGAAGGAUCAGGCGGAGACUGUAGCCUCCAAGUCACACGAAGAGCGUUUGCGCAUUAAUUCACAAAUACUGAAGGAAAUCUUGUUUGUUUACUUCAAAAUACUUAAAACUACAAGGGAUUCAAAUCUCUUAUCUGCUGUCCUGGCCGGUCUGUCAACGUAUGCGCAUGUCAUAAAUGUGGAAUAUGUGGAAAAUCUGCUACACUUGUGUAAUGGCGUUCUAUCAGAUGAGGUAUGUGUUCUACUCGCGCUUCUAUGCUGUAUGACACUGUCGCCGGGUUUUUGA